AUGCAGGAGUACUAUCCUCCUUCCAAGGCUGCCAAGUUAAAGAAGCAGAUCCAGAAUUUUCAGCAGUUUGGCAAUGAAGAUAUUCCUGAGGCUUGGAAGAGAUUUAAGGAGUUGAGGAGGCAGUGCCCAAAGAACUUGAUGACCCCAGGUGACUUUAUUUCAUCAUUCGAUGAGGGAUUGACUAACCGGUCGAAGAUUAUUCUAGAUACCUCAUCCUUUGGGGGUAUUUUCAUUGAUAUGGGACCGGCAACUGGAAAGCAGUUGAUUGAGAGGAUCACCUCUAACAAUGCUUACUGGUACACUGAGGGGGAUGAUAUACCUAAGAGAGAGAAGACAGCUGGGAUGUUCGAAGUUGGAGAAAAGAUGGCAAUGCAGGCUCAGCUGGAUACCAUACAACACAUGCUAAAGCAGUUAGUACAGGGCACUACUCAGAGUGUCCAGGCAGUUGCCCAGCCUCCACUGAUUCCACAGAUUCCUUAUGUUCCUAACCCUUACUAUUGUACCACAGGCAAUCAAGUGAGGAACAAUCCACCAGGUUUUCAAGGUAAUCAAGGGAACAGAGGUGGCAACCAAGGAGCUCAGUGGAGAAAUAAUCAGAAUAAUCAGAAUCCCAAUCAAGGGCAGUUCCAGCAAGGGAAUCAGAAUUUUGGGAACACUCAAGGUCAAGGUUUCUCUAGACCACCUCAGGAUGUUGAUAUGCAGACCCUCAUGAACCUCAUGAUGGCUCAGACGACUCAGAUAAAUAAGUUACAGGCACAGGUAGAGAGCCUCACAGCUCAACAGCAAGGUGGUGGUAAUCAGUUUUCUAAUCAAGCCUCAUCUUCGAAUGGUAGACUGCCAGCAAGUACUGAAAAUCCAAGGCACCAAGUGAAUGCAGUCACCACUAGGAGCGGAUUAGCAUUGAAGGAUCCUCCACUUCCUUCAAAUGAUCUAGUGCCUAAGAGAACUGAUAAGAAGGAUGAGGGCACUCAAGUUGAGGAUGUUCUUGAUGAUAGUGAGGAGGAGCCUGUGAUUCAGAGAGAUAGUGCUAAAGGAAAAGCCCCUGUGCCAGAUGAGAGUACUCCAAGUAAGAAGCAUGAAAGGAAGAACAAGAAGGUAGAUGAUUCGGUUAUACCUUGCAACCUGUUACCAUAUCCACAGAGGUUGUGGAAAUCAAAGGAGUCUGAUAGAGAGAGCAAGUUCCAUAAGAUGUUAGAUAAGCUAGAGAUCUCCAUGCCUUUUGUUGAAGCAAUCACUCAGAUUCCAUCGUACAAGAAGUUUCUAAAGAACAUUUUAGUCAAUAAGAAAAAGCUAGAGAAGAGUGCGGUGGUGGAUCUGAGCGAAGGAGCCUUGACCUGUGCAGUUCUUCAACAUAAACUACCUCCUAAGCUGAAAGAUCUAGGUAGUUUUUCCAUCCCUUGCAUCAUUGGUGGAUUUGUAGUUGGUGGUGCUCUGUGUGAUCUGGGUGCCAGUGUUAGUCUUAUGCCAUAUUCUUUAUGUAAGAGGCUCAACAUGGGAACACCAAAACCCACCUCCAUGACCCUACAGAUGGCGGAUCGCUCCAUAAAGCGUCCGGUGGGAGUUUUAGAGGAUGUCCCGGUCAUGAUUGAUCAGUACUUUAGUUGCUUGGAUUCUAAGUGA